AUGGACACAGAUGGCAUUAGUGUGCUGGUGGUCGUGCAGCCUGAAGACCUAUACUACCUCACGGGCUUGUAUACCAUCGGAGAUGCUGCCCCGCAGGCUUUGGUUUUGCCUGCCGGUGCCGACCCCUUUCUGAUUGCCCGUCUCAUUGAGUUCGACCUGGUCCCGAAGUUAUCCUGGGUAGCUGAGGUGUUCACGUGCCCAGAUAGCGCAAGCAUCCAUGAGGUCUUCUGCCACACAGUCGCAAAGUGUCUUCGAUCGGGGUGCCGUGUGGGCUUGCAGUUGGCUUCCAUUUCGGCUGCGCACUACCUCCGGUUGCGCACAUUCUUCGAUGCUUGCCAUGUUGAGUGUGUAGACGCCAGCAAGACGGUGGAGAAGGCUCGGCUCCAGAAGUUCGAGUUCGAACUCGGGUGCAUCCGGGACGCGUCCUCCAUGUCCGAGGCAGCCUUGACUGCGGCCCUGGGCUCGAUGAAGCCAGGGCAGCUCCUGAGCGAUCUCCACUCCACAGCCUACGCCGCGCUCAUCGCGGCCGGCAGCGAGGUCCCCGGCUACAUGCCCAUCGUCCGCUCGACCGACCCUUCUGGACAUGGGUCCUGGCUGCCAAAGGAGCAGGUCUGUCCUGGCAACCUGGUCUUCAUCGAGCACUCGGCAUGCAAGUUCGGCCACCAUGCCCCGCUGAUGCGGACAGCUUUUGUGCUUGGCGAAGGCGAGUCCUCUCCCCCGGCCUGGUUAUUGGAGGCGGAGCGCUUGAUUCAGAAGACUUUCGACGUCUGCUUGCCCAUGAUGGUGCCAGGAGCCAAGGCGAAAGACAUCGACAAGGCUGGCAGAGAGAUCAUGCUGUCGAACACCUCGGAGCUGAAGAUGUCCGCGCGCUUGGCAUAUUCCACCGGCAGCACUGCGACCCAGCCCACGGGGCACGCAGGUUGGGGGGACGCGGACUUCAGCCUUGUCGGUAACAACGAGGCGGAACUGCAGGAUGGCAUGACCUUCCACUUUAUCCCCUGGUUUCAGAAGUACACGCAGCCCAGUGGGCCCCUUGGCCUUUCGGAUACCGUGCUUGUGACAUCCGAUGGCGGCAAGCGCUUUGGCACCUUGCCCCUGAAGAUGACGGUCUUGAACCCAGAUGGCUCAGAGUGGCAGGGCCCGGAGAUUGCCUGA